AGUACAACCAGAACUAAAGUGAAUCCUGAUAGUGAUAGCGAUGAAAUGCUUUCAAAAUCAAUCUUCAUACCUAAAAAGUAAGUAAUUACUAAUAUUCGGUCUAUAUCUUUUUAAGGGCGUAUAUUUGCUCCACCUAUUUUAAAGUGCUUUGUACCUUGACGGCCAUUUUCGCAUUUCUGUUAUACAAUUAUUUUUUGUCAUCAUAAUCAACGCAGUCACGUAUAAUAGCGCAUUUUAUAUUUUUACACAAACUUGUUAGUGCAUAUUUGAAACAUAUUCGGGUCUUCCUCAGAAGUGUUCAGCAAUUUUGGGAAAUCGUCGGUGUUCUCUGGUAAAUGUUUUAACUAAAACGCUUGUUUGCCUUCAGAAAACAUACAUAGACUCUGGGGAAAUUUUCAGGAAGGGUCGGAAAUCUUCGAGAAAAUGAAAGACCAACGUUAGUUUUACGUUCCUUUGUAUCUUACUCAUAUUGCUGCGCUUGCUCUUGAGAUAUCAGGUUGGAUACUCCAAAAAAACUUCCAUAUCUUCGCACUUUCAUGUAGUAUUCAUACAUAAUCGCCAAAACAGGCAUAAGUUCUUUUCUCCUUUCAAUGCAGGACAAAAACUGGUCAUCGUAUUUCCAGCCCCGCUGACGACAGUGCGUCUGAUUUGUUAGCCUUGACACCCCAUUACACGAGCAAGGGCGCAAGAAUGGUUAUUCUGCACAGGAGCUUGCCGAAAUUGUUUUUGCUGACCCACAAAACAAGUUCCGUUGCAGAAAACAGCCAAUUAGAGUCCGUUCAAGGAAGUGUUUCCACAUUGAUCUUCGAUAGCUUCCCAUCGAAGAUCUUCAUGCAGACGAAAAUAGUGCGUACAAACACCAAGCCACUUGGUCAAAAACAUGCCGUGUUGAAAUGGUGGCAGAUCAUGAAGUAGACUACUUCCAAAUCCUGGACUACAGGAAGAUUUAUUUGAUCGAUAAUACUUACCAUCUGGUACAACGGAACCGCGUCUGUGAAUCUUGCAAGGAUUUAAAGACAAUCGUGUCAUAUUUUUAA